GGAGCGCGAGAAAGAGAGAGGGGGGUGUUUGUUGAUAGUCUGCGAAGCUGUGUGUCCGUUUCAUUCAGUCGACGGGAUCUUUCAUUGAGUAAGGACGGAUUUCUCAUUUCAGGGCGAAUUCUGGGUGUGCAUUCUCAGAGCCUUUGUUGUUAGUUUCUCAGUGUGUGACUUUUUUUUUUCUUAAAAGAAGAGAAAAAAUAUCAGCGGAUUUAAAAUAUACGUCGGAACAGGCGAAAACACCCGUCUGUCUGUUAAACGACGGAACCUUGAGAUCAAGACCUCAUUUCAAAGCAACUCUUGCCUAGCUACUGUUGUGUGUGUGUGUGCUGGGAAUGACCGUGUUCAACAAGCAGGACCAGGCCAUGGAUUAUAAGUUUAUCAACGAGAAAAAGAGUAAUAUCAAGUGCGUGGUGGUAGGGGACGCCAUGGUGGGCAAGACCAGUUUGUCCAGGCGCCUGGCGUGCCUCGGUUUUGCCCAGGACUAUAACCCGACCACAUUUGACAAUUAUGCUGUGACCACAUCAAUGGGAGGUAAAUCUUACGUCAUCAGCCUGUUUGACACAGCUGGCCAGGAAGAGUAUAUCCACCUGAGGGCCCUAUCCUACGUCAACAGUGACGUCUUUCUUCUGUGCUACUCCGUCGCGACCCCCGAGUCUCUCAGGGACGCCCAGGACAAAUGGAUACCGGAGAUUCGCAAGUAUUGCCCCAACACGCCCGUCAUCUUGGUCGGCACGCAGAUUGACCUCAGGGACGAGGCGCAGCCCGCCAAGCCCCAGAGGAACACCGCCAAAGGGCCGCCCGUCUUCAUCAGCACCAAAGACGGCGUCCAUGCGGCCACCAAAAUGAACCUGGACACUUACGUCGAAUGCUCCUCCCUCACCGAGGCUGGGAUCUCGAGGCUUCGAGAGGCUGCUAUUGAAAACGGCCUCAGGAAAGUGGACUCGGAGGACACCGGAUGCAAAUGCUCGUGCGUCAUUUUAUAACGUGUGUACCCCUAAGAACAAACCUAUAAUCACUUCCGUUAUCAUGCCGUCCGAGCACGCCGGGAUGCCUAAAGCACCCAGCAGAUGGUUCCUUUGAUAAUCCACAGUACCGGGCACCUUUACGCCGUCUGCUUCAGUGAAUGUUCACUUGACACUAUGCCAGAAGUGUUCAGAGAUUGUGUACUGCCGCACAAGAAAAAAAGUGCAUAAUUUUAAAGUUGUCGUCCUGUCAGUUACCACCAGGAACAUGAACUCUCUGACCUAAUCAUUUUCUAGUGAUUGCAUAACAAGACACUAGGACUCACUUAGUCAUUAUUUUUUGUAUUGAGAUAUCAAAAAUAUGCAAAUCUUCUCCAGUGUCUAACAAAAGAGUGUUUUAUUUUCGCACUUUACAAGUGACAAUAUGCAAAUUAAUUUAUAUUGAUUUUUUUUAAAUUAAAAAGCUAAACUUUGAUAAAAGAAAGGAACAAACUUUUUUUUUAAGUUAACAAAAGUCAAUUUAGUACCUUUCAGAUGAUAUAUUUUUGUAAAUCAAAAUAGUGUACCUUUUUUUUUUAAAUUACAGUUUAAAUUAUGGUGGCAUUGUUUUAAUGUAUUAUAUUUUAUUCAAAAUGUCAGAAACCAUAUCUCAAUCAUUCUAGUCUAGUGUGUAAUUCAUUUUGACGCAAUAGUUGAUGUACUCUACAAAUACCUCCAUAUUUUUUUUUAAAAAUCGUGUAAUGGUUACCAUUCUAUUUUCUCUAAUCAUAUACACUUAGAAGGAAGGGUAAUCAAAUGAUGAAAACUUAUAGCAAGUUGUUUUUUUUUUUAAAUUAGUUUUAAAAUCGAUAAAAAUCGCUAAAUUCUGGAAGGUUGAUGCCUUUACUUGAGCCUGACAUCAUCUUAUUUAUUUUGGAUGUUAUCUAAAAUAUAAAAAAAAAAAAAAAUUGUCAAGGGAGACAAAACCGGAAGAUACAGGAAAGACGAGCCAGAGAAGACUUCAAUUGCUCUCCCUUCCGGUGAACGAACAAAGCCAUCUUGUGACACCGAAUCUACUUCCGGCUAAGCUAAGUGUGUCAAUUGUCCAAAUGAUAUGUUCCCCAUGCAUUAGAGUUUGGACUGAGUUGGGCUGCGCACAAAACUGACAACAACGGAUGUCAUGCACAAUUAGAAAAGUAAAUAAAAACAAAUCUCUCUCACACACACACACACAUAAAGCAUCUCCACUCCGCUAUGUGGCGUUUUUUUUUCUUUGUUUGUUGUUGUUUUUAUACACUCAUCAAAUAUUACAAAUCCUGAACCAGGAAACUAUUUGAUUUCUGAGAACACUUUAUAUUUCUUAUCUUAGCGACGAUUUUGUCUAAAUAUAGACGUCAUCUUUUAAAAUCUAUCUAAGAACAGGGUUGGUGUAGAAUGAGUAAGGACCUCAUUAUCCUAGGACAAAUGCAUGUAGACCUAAGUGCUCUUUCUUCUCGAGUGCCAUUAGACCUAGGAAUGUUUUGCUGAAAUCAGCCAGGAAAAUCUUAAGCUUAAGACGCUAUAAAUGUUGUUGUUUUUUUUAAAGCAACGUCUGCAAUUAAUAAGAUAUGAUGUUGGUAGAAAAAAAAAAAGGUUGCACUGACUUGCUUAAAAUAACGUUGGCUUUGAGUUGUACAUUUUUCAUUAAAAGACUGUACAUCAUGUUUGCACGUGCAUGUUACUGCUAUUGUGUUUGUUAAAAUAUGUAAGCAAACUGAAAACAUUUUGUUAAAACCAAGAUUAUAACUCCCUCUGUAUGGUACAAAUCUAGUCUAGUACACCUUGUUAUAUUUUACUGCACACACACUUAUUUAAACUUCAUUGCUGAAGACACAAAUAAUCAAUAAAAUAAACAAUUAGUCAAUUAACUAGGGGUAAUUAAUUAAUUGUCUUUUAUCUAGACAAGGAAGAUAAAUAAUGUAGUAUUGGUAUGUGGCAGUAAUUGUGUGUACACGUUUGUUUUUUUUAAAGGAUUUUUGUUUUGUGUGUGUGUGAAGGGUCACAAUGUUAUAAUUUUCAAAAUGUAUUUCAAACGUUAAAAUACAAAGUCUAGGCGAGCGAGCAAAUGUCUGUGAAGAACUCACGUUUAUAUUUGGCGUAGUAUUAGUCGUAGUCCGAGGCGUAGGCAGGGGCAGAUUUUAGAAGUAACAAUUAGGCUUACAUGCUUUCACUUACAUUCUACCCUUAAAAGAGCCUCAAACUAAACAGUGGUUUCAAAUUUGGGACAUGAACUCGCGUGCAACAUUAUCUACUAAGUAUGCAAAUAGUGACCUUACUGGGGGGGGGGGGAGUAUGAAACAUUAAAUGGGGAAACGAUUUUUCCUAGACUCCCAUCUGUCACCUCCGCCCCUGUAUGUUUUAUUAAAAACAAAAAAAAAAUAUUUCACAGUCACAUUUGUCCUGUAAAAUUAGGUUGGACAAUGUAAGGCAAGUUACAAAAUGAUGCAGCACCAUCGUCUUCCUCGAUAAAGUCAUUUAAAACACAUUCAUAUCUUUUGGACUGUAUACGGCGAAGUUGUUCACCCCUUUAGAAAAACAAGAACAGCGAGAUCGAGAUCUAUCUCUGAUAUGGUUUAAAGGCUAGGUGAACGUAGAAAUCUGGGCAGACUUUAGCUGUACAAGCUUUCCCUGUGUGUUUGUGUGUGUGUGUUGAGUUGGAAAUUCGCAUGGAAAACAAAACCAAAAAAAAAAAAUAUAAAAAUUCAUAGUUUUCCAGUGAGUCACCUGGCAAGGGAGGGGAGACAAUACGAGAUCAAAGAAAAGUAAGAGUUACCCAGAUUAUUGCUAAAGCUGUGUAAGACAAGGAAGGUGAUGGAGGCUCGUGUUUCUGACGGCCUUGGGAAAAUAGAAUCCAAACAUCUCGUGGAGGCAAAGAACAAUCAAAUGUCAUGAUAGCCAGGUUUUUGUUUGGGGGGAAGUGAAACAAAAAAAAAGAGUAUAUAUUUUUGUUUAAUUUACUGAAUCAGCAAACCACAAUUACUUUUGACUUUGGGUUUAUUAUCUUUUUUAUCUGCCUGGACAUUGUAUUGUUUUUUUUUUUGUUGUUUUUUUUUUUAGUUUGAUUGUUUUAAUCUUUUUAAGUGACCAGAAAACUUUUUGCUUUGGUCAUUGUGUUUAAAAUGUUCCUACCACAUUAGCAUAAGUUUCUAGUAAUAUUUAACACAUAUACAGGGUCUGGUUGAUACAUUUCACAUUCAUACAUCGUUUGAUGAUAGGGCAAAGGUCACAAGUACCAUAACUAUAAAUUAGCCCGUCAUAACAAUUGCUAGAAAUAGUGUACAAAUUAUAUAGAUCUAGAUAUUUUAGAAAGAUUGUACCAACUAUAAGGUGUGUCAACUUAAAAUUAAACUAACUAAUAGAAUAUUUUCUUUAAAAUGUAUUUGAUAGUCGCAAAUUUAGCCAAUAAUUAUCAGGUUUAUAUCUACAAGUCCUAUUUUAAAUCUGAUCUCACUUUUUUCCCAUUAGUGAUACAUAUCAUUUGUUUUGUGAAGUCAUGUCUGUAUUAUAUAAGAUAAGAUAGUCAUACUGGCAAUUACUUUACUGCUUGAUUCAUAAAGUUCAAAGGUUCUACAACUAUUGUGCAAGCAGACAUUGUAAUAAAUUUAUUUCAUUACUCGAGUAUCCAAGAACACUACUCUCACAAUCAUUGUGCAAGCAUUCAUUUCAUCACUUGAGUCACUAACCGGCGUUGCCAACAUUUAUUGUGUAAAAGUCACACCCUGUACUUAAAGAAUAGUUUAUUUAUUUAUUUAACACCAGUCCCAUCUUGCUCUACAUCUGUUUUAUCUUAUAUUCUUAUAUGUUCCAAGUAAAUCCAUCCACUUCCACAAUAUCAAAUGUAAAUGUUAUCAUUCUAAUCAUCUCUGGGAGCAAAGUUCGUCUCUCCCGACAUUUACAUGUUUAUAUAGGUCAGUUACUCAUGGGUCUAGGCGAAACCAAUCGUCAAAGAAGACCUGAACACUGACCUGCAACGUAGCAACCUGUGGGCAUUUACAUGUUUAUAUAGGUCAGUUACUCAUGGGUCUAGCCGAAACCAAUAGUCAAAGAAGACCUGAACACUGGCCUGCAACGAAGCAACCUGUGGGCAUUUACAUGUUUAUAUAGGUCAGUUACUCAUGGGUCUAGCCGAAACCAAUCGUCAAAGAAGACCUGAACACUGGCCUGCAACGUAGCAACCUGUGGGCAGUGGAGAUUGAUAGCUCCUUGCCACAUCACAGGUCUGUACGACAUGGCAACAAACGAUUGGUAAUCUCCGCCCACAGGUGCGACGUGGCAAGUCAGUGUUGAGGCCCACAGUAACGCGUCUGGACAGAUUCUAGCCUGCCACUUAUCACGAUACUCACAUGCUGUAUAUAUGUGACUAGAAGCUUUCCUCUCGUCUCAUUUUGUAUCUAUGUGUAUUAUAGUGUAUUAUUGCCACUGAUUUGUUGGAUUUCAUACAACAUUCCAUAUCUGAUCUUCCUGCAUUGAACUCAGUAUUAUAUAACUCGUUACAUAAUCAUAAGCAUUGUUUUGUGUUUGUUUCGUUUAAUUUUUAAAUCUACUUAUUGCAUAUGUUUCUUGUGUGCUAUGAAUUAUUGUUUUAUUUAUUGGCUUUAUAGUAUUCAUAUUGAAUCCACACUUUAAUGUCAUAUGCUGUUGGCGUUUUUUUUCAAUGCUUGUCUUUUUAUCCAUGUAUAAAGUGUCAUAACAUUUAAAUAGCAACAUGUGUAUGUUCUAUAAUGGUAACUAAAAUAAUUAAUUAUUUAAUAAUUCAAUACUAGAAUUUUUUUGUUAAGUGUUUGUAUAUUUUGUUUUAGAAAGAUUGUUUUAUAUACCAUUUUUUAAUUUAUUUUUUUUACCAUAUCUAGUCAAGGAGAGAUUUGGACUUAUUGUUAUCAUGUUUGACAGAAUGAAAUAAAUAAUAAUUUUUAAAA